AUGACAAACAGAGCGCACAUGGAGACCAUUGUCAUCUUGGAAAAACCUGCCAUCCUCGCCCCUGACUUGAGAUUUUGCGGUAAUGUUGGUGAGUUAGUUUCCGCCAUCAAAGACCUCAGACCAGAGAGUUUCAAUGACAUGGAGAUCUUCUCGUACAGUCUUCACGGACCUGACGGUAGUCAGUCGCCACUGAAUGGACCGUACUACGACCCUCAACGCCCUUUACCACGUCCUGUUGAUUCAGUUCUCCGCAUCUCGGCACGACCAACGGAAAUGCAGUACGACCUUCUCAUCCGUCUCCCUCACCAGGAAUUUGCAUCUCCUAUGCCAGUCAGUAUCUUUGAUACUAUGAGCUUGUACGAGCAGAAGAUCGUGAAAGGCUCCGCUGUCAGCGUCAAACUCAGCGUUCCGAUCAAAUACCAGUUCAAGGAGGAGGAACAUAUGAUCUGUGUCUGGUCCGAUGAUACCAUGAUAACAUUGCUGGAAAAGAUUGCCAAAAGAAUAGAUGAAAGCCUGGAACUCCUGCGCUUUGCGAUCAUCCGAUGCACCGGCAUCGUUGUAAACGAAGCAAAGGAGUGGCUGCCGGAUCGGUCCAACAUUUUCUCGGCAGACUGCACCGCAGGCACGGUGGAAGAGAAUGGAUUCCGAAGCCGGGAUAGUAUCAAGGUAUACCGCCAGCAAGAGAGCACGACCACGAGGAAGAGGAAGUUGGAGGAGACCUGGUAG